GUGGCGGCCAUGCCUCAGCUCGGGGCCGCGGCCGCGCUGCAGCUCGCGCUGCUGCUCUCCGCGGUUCCCGCCCAGUACCUGGUGUCCCGGUGGGCCGGCUCCACAGCGGCGCAGCGCUACCACGCGACCACACGGUUGCUUCGCAUAUGGAAAGAGUGGAGAGCCUCUUACCUCAAUGGCACUCUGUGGAUGGACUGGACCAACGAGCAGGUGUCCAAAGUCAAGUCUCUGCUUGGUUUGGAAAAUGAUGAGGCCGUCUCUCCUCCCAUAGAGACUAUGAUUUUUGACAAUGACCAGGGAUUUUUUGGAGCUGCCAAAAACGUGCGAAGCCCUCGUCCACCGUUCGUGUUUCUGCGGGUCGGAGAGGUGGUGAUGGAGAGGAAGGGCCACAUGGUCGGGGUGGUGGUCAGCUGGGACCCUGAACUGCGAGCGCCCCCUGAAUGGGUCAACAGGGUAUAUUCAGACUCUGAGGAUUUGAAAGCAGAGAGGACGCCUCAUUACAAGGUGCUGUUCAGUGGGCCUGGACCCUCCUCUCUGAUGGUAGCAUACUUGCCUCAAACACAGCUGGAGCGUGUCACAGGGAUGAGGCCGGACAUUCCCACCCUGGAGAAUUACUUCACUCAUUUCGACGGGACGCGCUUCGUCAUGCAGCCCUGGCUCAGGGAGCUCUUCCCAGAGGAUGAGCACGAGGAUGCUUGA